CUUGUGGGGAAAAUCUCGAUUCAUAUGCGUAAAGAGCAAAGUGCUCUUUUGUCGCUCUUGGCUCUUCAUUACGCUCUCGCGAAUUCUGACAUCAUCACUCUCUACCGUCAGCUCAGCUGACCGAAACAAAGCCUAGCGGUAUGCAGGCAGACGGGAGACGUUGCAGUAUUUUGAACUCGCGACCGUACUCGGGCAAGGAGUAUGAUUCAGUUGCAAACGUGUUGCCAGACGAGUUGGUACGAAAACGCGCGCGCACUUGUGUCAGUCAUACGGUAGCGGUUUUUGCUGGAACGCAACCAUUACCGCAUAAAAUUUGUGCAGAAUAUUUCCGUGUAGAUUACCACAUACACGACCAGAGGGAAAUCGAUUUGUGCUUCAGCCUGAUGACGGGUGUUUCGGCACAUCUCGCGGCACAAUGCGUGUGAAUACAUAUCUGUCCAGUAUCAUGGUGACCCGGGGGUAACCCGAACCUAACGUCUAAGGCGGCUACCGACUGUGGUACCCGUAUACGGGUACGUUGUUCGCUCUUUCUCUCCCAGGAUAUCUCUCUCAUACACCAAAUACACUCUGCGGACUGCAGAUAAACCAGCAGACGGUUGGACGCCUGCCGUACAGAAGGCAGCAAGCAAAUAUCGUCACGAAAACGGAAGAAGAUCAAAGUAGCAAUAAUAACAGCAGCAAAAGGAGUUUUGUCUCCAGUGAGUUUUGCUGCAGUGUACCAGGGGGUGACAAAAAGUGAAAAGGGAAAGAAAGGGGUGCGUGUGUGUAAGCUGUGUGUGUGUCUGAUGUGUUUGUGGGCACGUGAGCGUAUGGACCGUGCUUUCAGCGGAUGCGAUUGAUGAUGCGGUGACCAGCUCUUUUCUUUCUUUCCGUGACCCUUUUCGUGACCCUUCCGUGACACGGUUGAGGUAAAAAAAGUCAUAGCAACGGUUACGAUAUGUAGCCUUUACGGCAACCUGAUGCAGUAUUGAUCAUCCUUAAGAAAAGUGUUUUUGGUGGUGUUCGUUUACAUGGGGAAGUUGUGAUGUGGAAGUUUAAUAUUUGAAGUAAAAUCAAUUGCUUUUGCUGUCAGAUCAGGGUGUUAAUAAUGAAAUGCACCUAAAGUGAGUGGUAAAGCUGGUAAAUAGUGCUUUCAAUUUCGCAGUGUUUAUUGUGUGACCGUUCCUGUACCCCUAUUGCUAAAGUUCAUACUUUCCGUAUGGGCAUGUUUCUAUAGGAAUAACGCAUACGCUGCAGUAACAGUACUAAAAGGAUACACAACAUCAUGCAACGUUAAGGAGUGAAGAAUUGCCUCAUCCGGAUGCCCGGUUCACCAAAAUCUACUCAACACAUUGUUGUGCGCAAGAAACCUAAGGGCGGUGUUUCACAACGUUCUUCUGAACGCUCCUGCCCGACCACUAUCGAUUUGGUGCAUGAUGUGAAAGUCAGAGAAUAAAACAAAAGAAAACAAAAUUUCCCAACGAACCGGCAAGCGAAAAGUGAAGAUUUUGUUUCUUUUAUUAAAUUAAACCAUUUUUGCUUUCGACAAGAGAUGUGAGGUGGAAGUUACAAAAUGAUUAAAAAGUCCAAAACAUCCAGCCGGGAAAAAUACGAUCCCCCGACGUUUUGUUUGCGAGUGUUGGAGUAAGUGGUGAAAACCUGGUUAAAAACGCAAUGCCCAUUCUAUUACACAUCGAGUGAACAAAAAAAAUCGCUUGCCGACACUAAAGCAACAUCUGAAAAUCGCACCUUAUGGGCAUCUUCCGCCCAUUUGCUAAGGAAGUUACUACUGGAAUGGAAAUACGCUAACGGAAGUGUGACUGUUGGUUGCAGGAAAAGCGUACUGCCCGUGUAAAGUGUAACCACUUGCCGACGAAGCAAACUGACACCGGGCCGUGUUUGAUACAAACGGUUUCACUUAUUUCAUACCCACUUCCCAUUGUGAGUUUUCCUUUUUGUAUUUUUUUUUCGGUAACCUAUACCCAAAAAAAAGGCUCAAUACAACCGGUUCCUAUCUUGUCAUAGUAUUGCAAUUUUUCUGCAAACUACAAGCUUCGGCAUUCUCGGAAAUUUUCAUUCGAUCCCGCGAUUUUGGGCAGAGUACGCCGCGUUUUUCUGCCAAACUGGAUAAAUUGAGUGUCCGUAGGUUUUGAAAUCGACACCAGAGCAACGCCGGGAAAAAAACCGGCACACCGUGGAACGUGUAACCGUUAUAGUACACAAUGAAUAGCAAGCUGCAUCUGCUGGCUGUGCCCUUGCUCAGCCUGUUCAUGGGCUAUGUAGCUAGUCUAGAAGAGGAUUGUGUCGACUUCCAGGGAAACUCGGUCGCACACGGUCUACUCUACGUACCUGGACCGGGAGUGUGCAGUCUGUGCGUCUGCUACCACUCUGAGCCACUAUGGUGCAAAGCAAUAUACUGUGAUCCACCUUAUUUCUGUAAAAAAUUUCGUGUAGGUGAACGAUGCUGUGAAUUUGAAUGUUUAGAUCCACCCGGUGAGGACGACAUGUAUCAGGAACGACUCCGGAAGCGGGCCGAGAUUCUGGCCGGAAAUGGGGCCAACCAGCUAGCACGGUCCGGCGAUUGGUUCUGGUCACCGGUGAGCAGAGCAACCGCAGCCGGUCUACUACUGCUAGCGUUAGUGCAGAGCGUUACGCAAAGGUUGCUACUGCUGCCGUCAUAGCUUUGCUGAGGGUAUAGCACACCGGUAUGUUCGUUUCUUCGCUCACCGUCAUAACACCUGGUGGUUGCAUUCGCCCGAAGGGCCAACUUUCGGGGUACGUAUCGGUGGACUGCCGGUGGCACGAUUCGGCGCGUUAUAGAAUAUUUAAAAAAUCGGAAAAAGCAAAUAAAGUUCUAAAGUAAUGCUAACUGCUGGCUUUACCGGCCAGCGCACAUUACAUAAUGGUAAGGGAACACAACGAGCGAAAAUAAAUUAAAAGGGGAAAAUAAAUGAGAUGCUACAUUUCUACAACCUACAUUUCUUUAAAACUUAACACUACAGUAAAACCGUAAAAGCUGUAAAACCGUGAUUAUUAGCAGCUGCGAAAGAUGCAGCUAAAAAAUUUGGAGGGGAAAACGACAUAAUAAAAAUCGACACCUUUACGAACACCAGCAAGUCCAUCAAGCGAACAAACAAAAAAAACACAAUUAGAAAAUCAACCUAGUCAAUAGAGUAUAGCUUUUAAAGAGAUUGAAAAGAGCAAUUGGUACGGUUAGAGUCGGGGAGCAUUCUAAAGCUAAUAACUAGAGCAAAACUUACUACAUGAAGCGUAGCAGCAAAAACGGCAAACUAUUGCAUCAGAUCCUAUUUCUUCUACCGGUCUCUACAAACGAUCCUCAAGUUUAAAAAAAAACUAUAUUUCUCUACUAGCAAAUACCUUAAUACCCACAGUAAAUAACACAGAUUCAAGGCAAUUGCGGAGCCAACCGGAAGCGUUCAACCAAGCGCGGGUAACACUGGAAUUAGACGUAACGGAUCACGCCCACGGUACGAAAGCACUUCCCGUUGGUCAUGUCGGUAGUUGGCACAGUGGAGCGCAUUGAAAAAAUAAAACCGCCCCGUUUUUCCAUUUGUUUCCUACGGAUGGAAAAUGUGUUUCUCUAGCUCCAAAAAAAGCCCGUUAGACAAACUAGCGUAACGUGCAGCCAGUGCGCGGCUUAGAAAGAUUCGUGCGUACCAUUUGACGUACCCGUCCGCGUUCCCACAAAAAUCCUCUUACAGCUGAAACAGGUUUCGGUACAGUGAUUGUAUACUUAAACCUUCCACGAAGUGGACGAGCACACACUAGAAUCUAGCUUUAACCGAACGUAACACUUUUAACAGUAAGCGCGUGGUUGUUAUCCAUAGACACUAUCCAGUGCUAUCCAUAGACACACGAGCGCAUCGUUAACGGUCUGGAAACUGAUAAGCGGCGGAGUGACUUUUUGCAUGGGAUGGGGUGAAGUAAAGCUGAGCUACUAAUAACAGUAGCGCCCUCUAUCGUGUGAUUGAGCGGCAACGUCAGUUAGCGGUCGAACGGUUUUAUUAUUUCUUGUUUUGUUUAAAACUAUGUGGAGAUUGGACAUUGGUAUUCUUGCACUCUUGCCUUGCUUUGUUAUAUAUUAUUUAACGUUACUUAUUGCUUAAGUAAAGUAAAACGUCUGGGUUUUGCUUUGAAAGAAUUGGGAAUUGACAUUAGCUGCUGAUAACAUGCUAUAAAUAUACAGAUGACUUUUAAAAACUGUUGUUUUAAUUAAAAUAGAAACAUUUUCACAAAUGUACCUCUAAUAUGCCUAAAAAGAAAAAAAACAAUUCUAUGGAAAAAAAUUAAAAAAAGCGUUAAAUUUGCUUCGAUUUCUUAUGCACACCACACCCAGAAAGGAAUUACAGCGGAAGAAAUGUAAAGCUUGACCUUGUUUCAAGCAUUUACUACAAUUACACCCGCCAUAGAUCUGGGAAACUUCCAUGCACAAAAAGCUGUGCCAAAAACCCGAUCGGCCAAGUUCGCUUGGUUCUGGAAAUCGGAUUUCAUUCCAGAAAGCAGCUAACCUUUUCAAAAGAACGAUACUGUGUUUGCAGCAUAUUUGUACUGUCCAGUAGUGCAGCUGCUUUGGCAAUCUCCAAGAAUUCGAUCCUCUCUCUGCUGCAUCUCGACUCGAAAUUUGUUUUCCAUUUUAAUUCAAGCACAGCUCUUGAAGCUGGCAGAACUUACCAGAGGGUAUGCAAAAGCUCUGGUUGACCCAAUGCCAACCACAAGCGAGAUAGUAUGCCUAGAGAACUAGGUCGAUGGGAAGUUGGCGACAUGACCUUUCGAUGUGGUUGGCAAAUUGAAAAUUUAAAUUGAAGCUAGUUAUACAUCGUAUAACCUUCCCGCAACAGCAGGGACUUCGAAGAGAAGAUUCAAAGAGGGAGACGAACGUUUUUUUUAUAAUUAUUUUCUUAUUAAUUUAAAGCAGUGUAUAUUCUAUAAUUGUUUCAUUGAUUUCUAUUUUGAUUAAAACAUCAAGCUUUUCUUACUUAUAAGUUGAUAAAAAGGUUUUCCAACGUCAUAUGAAAAUUUUCUUCCAUCAAAAUAGCAUUUCCAAUAAAAAAGCCAUUCAUUUUCAAAAGUAUCCUCCGGCAGGAGGCAAAGAAUAUCAACACAUCAAGCAACAUAAAGUAAUCGAUUGGACAACAAACAAUUCAUACCAAGAAUAAAUAAGCCUAUUUUAAUCGAAGUUUGGGAAAGUUUUACAACAAUAUUUUGCAUAUUUCCAUCAUAGCAAAGCAUAAAUAUUACAGUAUCGAACGUCCAGAGCAAUCCACUCAAUCAAUUCAAAAUCGUAAAGCACAAAUUGAUGUUUCAUUCACCAAAGCGCUGGUAGUAUGUUGCCAAUAAUCUCAACUCAAUACAAUACCAGCCUCUCUGUUCGGCGUGGCUUUAUCCAUUUUACAUUGUUAAAUAAAUAAAAAAAUUUACGAAUCAACAUUUUACGGUUCUAGCAACACAAAACCCUUUUUCAAGACGUUCCAACACGAACGGUUGGGCUCACAAAUCACAAAUAAAUCACAAAUUUCCAUUUUUUUUAUCAAGCCUUUUUUUCGGCUUUCUCGCAAAAGGGAAGAAGUGGACAAAAAUUGAUUAGAUCGCUUCCGGUCGUGUUCCGGAACCGAACUCAAAAGCAUCAUCCCAACAAAACCAUGUGAAGCGAAAAAUCGAUCGGGAUGACAUUUUUCCGGUUAUCCUGUUAUUUCACUGUUCUGUUCUUGCUGCGCAACAUCAGAAGGUAGGAUUAAAGUCAAAGGUACGAGUUGAGGUUAAGCUAAACCCCGGUCCCCCGGAACCAGUCCACUGUUUGUGACAGGUGUUUCAUACACCGUCUAGAACUACCUGUCAAUUGGUCAAUGAAUUGUUCAAAAUGAAGGCCUCCAAAAUCCCUCCCGGUUUUGGGGAAUGGAUGUGUUGGAUGUUUACAACCAAAGAAAAGCUCUACAAAAGCGCUCUCAGCGCUGUCUGCUAUCCUCCCGCCAGAAAUGGUGGGCUUUUGUGUAGUAUUAGUUUCCUUAACACAUCAAUUUAAAAAAAAAAGCGAACCAAAGCACAGAUAACCCCUUCCGGCCAAUUCUGGAGGUUAACCGAGCAAAAAGGAAAAGUUAACCCUUGUGAUGGGGUUGUAUUUCUUUUUAUUUUUUUUUUAAGAAAAUCCCUACCCGACAUAAGAACUCAAGCUCACCUGAUCCUUCCAUCCAACUUUUUGGACUGGGCUGUCAAAAAUCGACCAUCGCGCGUGCUCAUCACCGAGGGAUCGAUUUGUAAUGCCAGUCGUACCAUUCGUACACCAACCACCUUCCGGGAGGCUGUAGAUAAUAUUUUAAAUUGCUCUCCGGGGGACUAUGAACAAUGCAGCCCAAUGCGAUCCAUUUUCGGACGCUAAAAUUAGGUUCAUAAAUUUCAACCCCCACACACUCGCACCCUCGCAAGCCCACACACACUGGAUAUAGACAGUCAAGCACACACAGACACAAAAUGUUCACGCAACCAGAUGAUUUCAGUACAGCUACAACACUGACAAAAGAAAGAAUCAAAUAAAAAACAAACUUAACCGAACCGACCGAACAUCAAACGCGUUUGGAUUUGUUUUGUGGUAAAUAUCAAAACGCGACACAAAGUACACGGUUUGUGUGAUGUCUCUCUGUCACACAAUCGCACGUUUCUUGUAGUGGUUGACUCUUGGCGCAGUGAAAUAAUGAGACCCACACACACACACACACAUACUUCCAGCACGAUGGUGAACGAAACGAAGCGUGCACUCGCUUUGAUCCUGUAUUCAGGACGGGGGAAAAGCUUCAAAGGAUCAUACGACCCGUGAGAGUCUUUUGUAGCGGAGGGUUGUAACUUUUCCGUUUUUGGCAAAUGUUGAUGCAUGGUCGAAUUUAAAGCACAUAAUUAAAACAAUCACAGUGAUUUACGUUUCUUUUUUUGUUGAUGCUUUUCCUUGAUAAUGUCAACAAUUGUGCGACAUUUUUGUUUUAUGUCACAUAAUGGGGUUUUUACAGGUGAACUGCGAUAACUCUGCCCCAGCAUUGUUUUCUACUUUAUACAAAUGUAUUUACUAUUUCUGUACCUUUUUUGUAUACAAAGGUGGACUGUUUGUAAUUUGUUUGUUCCUAUUGUUGUACAAAAUACGAGAGGACAAAUAUCAGAUUUAUGUUGAUUAUUAUCAGAUUAUUGUGGACUUUUUGCUGAUAUUGGAAAACAAAGAUCAGAUUAUUGCUUGUUUAAAUGUUAUAGGGGAUUUAUUCCAUUUUAAGCCUAAUUGUAUGUAAUUUUUAUAUCAGCUACAAAACAAUAUCAUACAAACAAUCCCUAUCAUUCAUCAUUGCUGUUGUUCAAUGUUCUACUAUAAAUCGCUUUGCUAUAAUUUCGUGUCAAAUCCUUCGGAAAACAUCACACCUUACAAUUUGCCUGUAAAAGCGUUUACCCAUGAACCAUUACAAAAAAAGGAAAGGCUAACGCUUGAAGGACGUCCGCAACCGAAAGCGACAACAUAUUCAGCGAACUGUUGCAAAGCGAUACCUUUGGUGCCUUUUUGUACGAUCAGCUUACGCAAAGGCUAACAAACCCAACCGAGUGCUACUCGAUACAAGGAGAUGGAAAAACGGAACCACCUUAACAUUAAAAGACAGCACCCACUCGCUCGGUACCACAACAGCCCAAAACACGCUAAAUUGGUUGAACUGUCGCCAUAAAAAUGGAAAAGGAUAAAACCUCCUUAAAAUAGAAAAAAGACCAAUACAGCAAUGAGGCAUGCAGAAACGGAAGGAAGAACAAAAAACCCCCAAACACCCCAAAAAAAAAAAGAAAAAACCACCAGCACCAAACAAAGAGUAA